CUAUAGCAACGCGGAGCCGCGAGGCGGGGUUCGCCCAUUCAGCGUCGGUCUCGCGCACUGUGAUGAUCAAUCGGGUUCGUGACAGCUAUUGUCCUCGCGCUUUAAACGCAACACCAUAAAGCCCCUGCGACAGAAGAAAUCAUGACAGAUAAAGGAAAUGAGGAGGACUAUGUCGGGGAGAUCAAAGGGGGGCUACGGCCGACAAUGAGGCUUACAGUGAUGGGUAUUGUUCACAAGCAUCCCAAAAGCAUGGUAGUGUUAGUGUCGUGCCAGUCUAAGAUUGAGGAAGAUGAGGAAAUCGAGGGUGAUGUUGCUCUGGAGCUGAAGGUAAACUUUGCAGAAAGAGCUGUAAUUCGCAACGCCCGUCUGUCAGGGCAGUGGGGUGCUUCGGAGACCGCCCUCUCUUUCUUCCCCUUUGCUUCAGGGGAGCCCUUUAAGAAAUCGAGACUCAUCAGACCAGGCAACAUUUUUCCAGUCUUCAACUCUCCAAUUUUGAUGGAGAUUGUGUGCGAGCACCAGCAGUUUCGUAUUAUGGUGGAUGGGAGGCCCUUGUGUGGUUUUGCUCACAGAUUUACUCAGCUAUCAUCUCUCACUGCUCUUAGAGUCCAUGGAGACCUACAGCUCACCAAAGUGGCCUGAGCAGAAGGGGAUGUGCCUGCCAUGAUAACAGAUCAUUCAUAAAGGAAAACUUACAGUUUGGGGUUUUAGAAACCUUCAGUACAGUACUGUACACAUUUGUCUUAAAAGUUCCAGAACUCCAAGUUGGUUUAAAAUUGAUUUGGAUUUGUUUUGGUAGUGGCAGUUUCUACAGUGAUUUCCAAUAAUGGUGUGGAAAAAAAAACAGACUUUGUCUGUUCAGUAUUUGAAUUUGAAACAUGGGAUUCUUCCUUCUAAAGGGCUUUGGUAUAUUUAUGGAGACAUUCAUAAGAGGGACUCUCUGAAGAAGCUGUGCACCUUGAAAUAAUUAUAAUUUUUUAUAAACUUAAUAUUCAGACGUUUUGUUUAAGUAACUGUUAAAUACAAAAUAAUUAUCUUUUUAUUGCUUUACAUAAUCUGUGUACCUGGAGAGGUGUUAAUUUUGUCAUCAUUUUUAGCUUGAGGGCCAACGAGGAGUUCUUAUGACAUAAUCUUUAAUAUCUUUUAAAAAUUAUAAUGUACUACCUAACAUAGUUAGUUUAUUUGGCUCUUUAAUACAGCAAAAGUGCCUUCAUUUGUUCCUGUAGAUCAGUGGUUCUCAAACUGUGUAGGUGGGCCGCCCUUGGGGGCGUGAGAUGGUGCCAGGGGGCCCCCGUUUUAGACCAUUUAUAAAAUACAUGAAUUCAUCAUAAAUUGUGUGCAGUUAAACCUCAGAAAAAUAAAGCUACCAAUAAACAGCACUACACUAGACUUUUAUACAUUUUAAGUUUGAGAUUGUUUUAUGUCAUGAAUUUUCUUUGGGGGGGGGGGCAAAGAGAUACACCCUACACAAGGGGGCUCAUGCCGAAAAGUUUGUGAACCACUGCUAUAGAUGCACUUACACAGCAGGAUUUGGAUGUGUUUGUAGUUAUAAUUGAUGUAGUGGAAAUUCAUUUGUAACCCCAUCUUUUUUUGCCUGUUUUACAUAAACUGCUUCAGUUUGCUGAACAAGUGGUUCAAUAAUUAUUAAACAAGUGGUUUAAUAAUUUAAAAGAUCAUCAUUUUUUCUUCAUCUUUUUUGUUUACCUAAGAUCAAUGCCUUGCAAUAUAUAGGACUCUAGAGUCCUUUUAAAACCAUCAUGUGCUCUGUCUGCAUUCAUAAUGGUGCUAUCAAUAUACAGUUUGAUGCUGCAAAUUCAGCAUGUACUAAAUAACUUUGUUCAUAGUUUACUUUUAGACCUACGUUUACUUGGUACAUAAAAUAAUGGCAAUAUGUAAACAUUAAACUUUUAUUAAAGAACUUCUUUUAUUUGA